AUGGCUUCACAAGCUGCCGCCGCCACUCCCGGCAGCAGCAAAUCCACUUCGCAGUGGGCUGCGCGUUACCGCGGGGCCACCGUCGAGGACCUCGACCCCCCCGCCGCGCUCUCCCUCACCCCUGCCGACACCGUCUCCGACGCGCUGCAGUCCGCCUUUGAGCGCGACUACACCCACCUCACCGUCGUCGACGCCGCCACCCGCGCGCUCCUCGGCUACGUCGCCGUGCCCCGGCUGCGCGCCCAGCUCGACGCCGGCCGCGUCGGUCCCGCCGACCCGCUGUCCGCCGCCAUGACCCGGUUUCAGCGCCGCGGACGCACCUACCGCGUCAUCACCAUGCAGACGCCUCUCGAGGAGCUCGAGGCCUUUUUCCGGGGCGACGGCGACGGCGGCGACGGGGAAGGGAAAGGUGCCUGGGAGCAGGAGUUUGCGGUCGUGACGGACGAGAACAGGCGUUUCGUGCUGGGCGUUGCUACGGUGCAGGACCUGGAGGAGUUUGUCAAGAGGAGGCCGGCGUGA